AUGGUACAGGUGCAGGUGGUGAGUGUCAGAGACUUGAGGGAGCAGCCCAUAUUCUCCUGCAAGGCUCAUGUCUUUCACAUCGACCCAAAAACCAAGCGGUCAUGGAUCCCGGCGUCCUCAUCUGCAGUCUCCGUCUCCUUCUUCCACGACUCCACCAGACAAAUUUACCGCAUCAUCUCUGUCGAGGGUCCCAAGGCCGUCAUCAACAGCACCAUCACCCCCAACAUGAUGUUCACCAAAACGUCACAAAAGUUUGGCCAGUGGUCCGACAUGCGUGCCAACACAGUGUAUGGCCUUGGCUUCUCCACUGAGGCUGAACUGAACAAGUUCAUAGAGAAAUUCCAUGAGGUGAAGGAGGCAACCCGCUCAGGAAAGACCAAUGGCACUAUAGUUGGGGCAGGUGCAGGCGGUGGUAGUGCUGCAGCCGGUGGUGGUGUGGGCGGUGGAGCGGGGUGCUGUGUCGUCGUCCUCUGGUUCUGCUUCAGCCACUGCAUCGCCCCUCACCACACGGCCAAGAACCAACAGGACUCAGUGGGGGAGGUCAAUGCGGUGUCUUCAGGUCUGGACCACCUUGCCCUGGCCAACUCUAAUGACACUAAUGCCUCGCUGCUCAAAUCAUCCUUAGUUGCUCACCAGCGCUCACAAAGCCUCUCAGGUCUGCAGCCUACAGGAGAAAGUCCAAAGCACAAGCAGGGUGGGGCAGGUGGGGGAGGAGGGGGAGGAGGGGGAGACAAGGUGGGCGCUGCAGGUGCUGGAGGAAAUGUUGACACCCAGAUGCAGCUCAAGUAUGAAAAUGACCGACUCAAGCUUGCUCUUGCUCAAAGUUCUGCCAAUGCUAAGAAGUGGGAAAUAGAACUAAAUUCACUAAAAACGACAAAUGCUCGGCUCACCUCAGCCCUCCAGGAAUCCACAGCUAAUGUGGAAGAGUGGAAGAAGCAGCUACAGACCUACAAAGAAGAAAACAGUCGCAUGAAGACUCGUAUACAUGAACUAGAUGCAGGAGGACGGAUAGGUCUUGGUGAGUCUGAGGAGCUGGUGAAGGAAGUGGCUUCAUUGAGGGCAAGGCUGGAGAGUACUGAGGAGGAGCUCAGGUCCCGGGAGUCAACAAUAGAGGAAAUGGAGGUUCAGCUGCAGCGAGCUCGAGCAGAAGAUUUACGAGAGAAGAUGCAGCGGCUGAGUGAUGAGAAUGAACAACUGCGGAUGGAGACAGUGAGGGCUCAGUCUCAGCUGGAGGUGGCCAUGUCAACACAAGACACGCAGCGAGGGGUGGUGGAGAGUGUCAACCUGCAGCUUAGCGAUCGCAUCAAGGACCUGCUGGCCCUCCACCAUGAGCUGAACCACCUGCUUAACACUUGAGGGGGGCCAGGUCGGGGGCCGCCGGCCGCCCCGCAGCACUCCGGCACAGCCCAGAGGAGGACCAUCCGCCUUCAGGCCGUGUGGCACGUGUAGUGAACGCGGGGAUUGCGGCCGCUUCUGACCUGGAAACACGCUAGCUGCUACUCUUGCAAUCUGUCUAUCCAUCUGUCCUUCCUAUCAUCCCGAACUGAGAAAUUUCUGGUGUCAUCAGUGACUCUGACCCCCACCCAAUGACUUCAUUCCCUGUUGCUUGAUUCCUUAUCCCUUGUCUCCCAACACUGAGAGUAGAGGAGUCUGUUGAUCUUCUCACACACACCACACCACACCACACCACACCACACCACAGCACACUACACUACACUACACUACACCACACUACACUACACCACGCUACACCACACCACACUACACUACACUACACUACACUACACUACACUACACUACACUACACAACAAACAAACAAUCACACACACACACACACACACACACACACACACACACGACAUACUGUUCCUUUCCCUGAUCUAUAUACCAUAGUGAUAGUGGUUCCUUGUUCAUGACUCAGCAAUACAUAAUACAUACCUUCUUGUAGGCAUAUUUCUACUUCUGUUGAUCAAAGAUAUCCCAUUUUUUACACCUUGACCUCUUUCAGCUUUUUACUCACAUGACUCCUGUGAAGAUUACUUGCAUGCUCUGUAUGAUUGUUUAAUUGAUACUUCUCCCAUUUGAAACUCAGCCAGCAGACCAAUUACCUUAUAUUUUAUAUUAAUUUAUUUAUUUAUCUGUGUGUGUAUGUGUGUGUGUCUGUGUGUGUGUGUGUGUGUGUGUGUGUGUGUGUGUGUGUGUGUGUGUGUGUGUGUAUUUUGCAAGAAUGCCUCAUAUAUAUGAGUGUUCCAUUAUUCGUCUGGUAUUUUUUAAAGUUCUUAAUGAUCACCAUCACCAGGCCAUUUGAGUGAAAGAAAGCUGUAGACAGGUACAUACUGAGGAAAUACUCUUGCUACAUUUUAACUGUGGUAGCUACUUCUUGGAUACAAUGUUUGAUUCCUAAAUAGCAAGACUUAUAUUGUGUAAUCGUGAGAGGAUAGCAAGACUUAUAUUGUGUAAUCGUGAGAGGAUAAGGUAUCUUUCUAAAUCUGAUGAUUCAGGUUAACUUUGCCCCUGUCUGAGUUGUCUGACAGCAGUAUAUAUCAUAUCUCUCUUAUCUCUCAUCUUUUGAUCUUGAUUAAGUAGGAGUACACAAGGAGAAUUCCUAGAAGUUUGCACAUUGCUUAUCAAGUGAAGUCGUGAAUGAUUUCAGGUAUUCAUGUCAAUAAUGGUAUACCUACUACUUGCUCCAGUAUUUCACAACAUGCAUCCUGAAGUCUUGUGCUGAGUGGUCAGUGAGCCUUUCAGAUUUGUGCCAAAUAUCAUACCGAAAGAUAUAAGGUCAUUUAUUGCAAAGUACUUAAUUUCAGUUUCAUGUUGUCACAGCAACACAUAUUGAAUCCUGAAAUAUUUGCCCCCUUGUUGUUGGGUUCGUCAUUCCUUCAGCGCUAACUUGCCGAUAUCAGAGGAAUGAUGAAGACCAAGUAGUAAGCACAGGUGUGUUGUACAUUAAUUUGUUCUUUAUUUUGCAUAUUUUUCAAAGAAAAUUUUCCCACCUCAUUGAUAGACAUUAUCAGUCAUGAUGGUUUAGGCUGCCACCCUACCCAAUGUGCCCCUGCCUGGUCCCAGCCAAACCUGUGCUAUUCUGAAGGCACUUAGUACACCAUGAUGAAACAGUCCUUUGUGAAGAUUUAGGAAAUAACAAAGACUGUCUAUUGAUAUAUAUAUAUAUAUAUAUAUAUAUAUAUAUAUAUAUAUAUAUAUAUAUAUAUAUAUAUAUAUAUAUAUAUAUAUAUAUAUAUUUUUUUUUUUAUCUGUUUCUUGGAUACCACCUUAUUUGUGCAAGAAAAGGAUAGACGUAUAUAAAAGAAAAAAAAACAUAUAGAUAAAUUAAUACUUAAUGAUUAAUCAAUCACUCAGUGUCAGAUAUCAUAACCUUAAUAGGGUGGCCAUGGUAGGGUCUGGUAGGGCAGCAGCUGACUGUCUUACAAUAGGACAGCAGGGAAAAAUGCUCGGCAAAUCACCACAGCAAGCCCAGAUGAUGACCUAAGUUGUAAUUGUAUGAGCAACAACUGGUGUUCAGUAGAUGGUUGACCUUCAUGUUGGCAGUGCUGUUAAUGUGUUGAUAAUAUACAGUAUUUUGAGAUUGAAAGAGAGAGAGAGAGAGAGAGAGAGAGAGAGAGAGAGAGAGAGAGAGAGAGAGAGAGAGAGAGAGAGAGAGAGACCUUGUGAUGGUGAACAUAAAAAAAGUAAUAGCAACAAUAGUGAAGGAGAGUAAGCUAUCUGCCAUUUCUCUUCUCCCCGAGAUUCUCCUUCAGGAUAGUGAUGUUUUGUGAACUAAUUCCCAGAUUGAGUCUUGUAACUCAGUAUAUCCCUUAGCAUGGAGGCAGCUGAAGAAAAGGAAAACAUUAGGCAGCUUGGAAGGCCAAAUGUAUUGUAAUGAAGGUUGCUCCUUUUUAGUAAGUGUUUCUAAGUUGUAGAUGAAGUUGGAGGAUGUGUACACUUAACAGACCAGGAUGUUUUGGGUGGUCAGUCAGAGCACGUGAAUGUGAGCAUAUUUUUGAGUUUUAAUUUAUAUAUGCCAAUAUAUUUUUGUAUAGCUUCAAUGUGCUGGGCAUUUUGUUACACCACCACAAAUAAUGACUGGUCUUCCUAAAAUAAUAUUCAAAGUCCAAUUACUUAACUUUUCCUAUGAUGCUUUUAAAGCGUUUGUUCAUUAUUAUUUAUAAAUACAGUGCAUACAUCAGUAUAGAACCAUUUACUUAAAAUUUUAGUGCUGCUAUUCUUAUUUUCAAUAAGUGAAGUACUUAACCAAAGACACACAGCUCAUUCAGUUGUGAGUACCACACUUCAUCUUGAUACUGUAUUGACACUUAUUUGAAUUGUUCAUAUGUAGGUGUUGCAAUGAGAAAGGGUUGUGUUACCCAGACAGCACAUGAAGGUAGCAAGCAAUGUGUGGUGUUUGGAUAUUGUGGAAACAGCACAACUUGAAUUCAUUCAUGACAGGUAGCUAACUCAUCAGACAUGAAGCUGAGUAUGUCACAAGUGUUUAAUUAUUUUCAUCAAAGAGAUCCUCAGCAUUUUAAUAAAAUAUAAAGAUGGUGGUGAUCAGACACCACCUUUGUAGAGUUUGAAAGGUAAUAAUUUUAAAAGAAUUGCAACAAAUGUAGGAUUUGAUCUGUUGGCUGCUGAUGGCCUUCUUAAGGUCCCUUUUCUCUAACAUAUUUUCUUGUGUGAAUUUUAACAAUGGCAUGUCUGUGAAAAACAAAAUUUUCAUGUGCAAAUUUGAGGUAUUUUUCUGUAACAUUUUGAUAGCAUAACUCUGGUUUUUAUAUUGCUGAUCAUCUUUCUUCUUGCAGUGUAUCAUUAGGGAGAUGGUAAACCAUUUCUUUUCAGACUGCAUGUCUAACUGUAUAUUGGUCUUUUGUCUGAUUUUCUUGGUCAUAUCUCACUUAUAUAUGCAUUUUCUGGUAACAUCUGUCUUCCUUGCCCUAUUAUCUGCCAGGCACCAAGACUCAGCCCUCACAAGUGUUGUAUGUGGGGUGUCAUUCAUACCUUUUAUACCUGUGUGUCUGAACCUGCGCCUUGUUAUUCUACCUGUGUCAUUUUGAUUCAUGCUGUUACUUUAGGCUUUCUGCUCUUGACCUCUUGCUCAUGCACUGUCAUCUUCCUUGUACUUUUUGCAAUCACAAGUGUAAUUGAAGAAGGCUUUUAUAAUUCUUAUUUUGCUGCCAUACCAACUUUAAAUAUCAAUUCACACUAAAGGAAAGUAUGAUUAAGAUUAGACAUUUUUCCAAGUUACUUUUAUUUCAUCACUGACAUUUUCAUGCUUACUUUAGUUAUUGAUUAUAUUUAUUUGCUACAUUUAACCCUAUGUGGGCUUGUUGCUGACCCUCCCUCCUCCUCUUUCUCCUGCUUCCCUUCUUCCUCUUCUUUUUCUCUCCUCUUCUUUAACAACCAGACUCCUCCAUCUCCCUUGUCCCUCCUCCUCCUCCUCAUCCAUCUCCUCCUCCUCCAUAUCUUCCCCCUCCCCCUCCUCCUCCUCCUCCUCCUCCUCCUCUUAUCCAUUUCCUCAUUCUUCUCUUCUUAUUAUCCUCCUCCUCCUCCAUUAGCGUGUCAUGGAAGAAGCUGCUUAAGGCCCAAAGAGAAAUUCAUGUUGUGUUAUAUAUUUUAUUUAUAUACAUACAUGUAUAGAUACUUACAUGCAUACUUCAUGUAACAAUCACCUUUUUAAGUUGACAGGAAGAUUAUACAUAUGUGAGUUUUACUUGAUUGUGAUAACCAGCUAGGAACUCGAAGACAUUUCUUUUACACAGACAUGAUAUAAUUAGUAUGGAGUUUUAUUUUUUGUAAGUACAAAUAUUUUUUUUACACACUUUAUUGUACAUAUGAUUUUUCCUCUUUCCAUAUAAGAUGUAAUGUUGAUAAGUUGUAUGGUGUCUCAUGGCAUCACAGUCUGGGUGUUGCUUCGCAUUCUCGCAUCAUAUCAACAAAAUUUUUUUAUCACACAACUAUCAUGGCUCAGUGCCAGAGAAGCUGAAAGUCUCAUUGAAAUCUGUAUAAAGCAAAUUUCUGUACUGUCCCUUUAUUCUCUUGAAUUCCACCUUGAUAUUGUUAUUUUAAUUCCUGCAUGAUCACUCACUGUAGCACACCAAAGAUGUGUUAGUUGUGCCGCUCAUCCUUGUUUGUGUGCUAAGUUUGACAUUAAUGGUCUUAGCUGGGGAAUAGGUGUAAACCCCCCCCUCAGUUUUUAUUAUUUUGUACAUGAGAGUCUUAAGUGAACCUUUGCUCCAACCAUUGUACUUCGUCCUGCCUGUACAUUGUGGUGUCAGUGAUAAUUUUUCCCUUGGCACUAUUGCUGGUGUCUCCUCCUGUCCUUCAGUGUAUAAGAGUGAGUCUGGCUGUGUCUGGGUGUGACUGACUGCUCACUGUGGUGGUGGAUGUCUGGAGCCUCUGUUGGUAACUAUUUGGGUUAAAGACAAAACUGAAUUAGUUCAUCCUUUUUUGUGAACAUAUGCAAUUUCUUUAUUGAUCAAGCAUCCUCAUAUGUAGUCAGAUAUAGAAGCGAUGUUGAAUGGAAUCUAAAUGUGUGCAUAUGCUGUGUAUGUGGGACAGUCUGGGUGAUUUUUACUCCAGAGUGCCCAGUACUCACUGCCUCGCUCCCUGUUACUCAUAGUGGCCAAAAUGUUUUCAUAUUACCCUGAGACAUGUGUCAGUGGGUGAAUGAAUGUGACUGAGUGUUGAAGUAAGCAGAAUGUCUUGAAGAACAAUGAUUUGAUAAAUGCACUUUCAUGAAUGAGAGGAAAGCUAAAACUGAACUGGAUGUAUUUCCUUACCAAGUCUUGAAUCUAAAAGCACCAGAGUCUCUGGUUUCCACUCAACAGAAUUACAAUUAUGUGUUUAUUUAGACUCUUUACUAUUAUUUAGUGUGUGUGGCCACACCCAAGGCACAGCAGCAAGUGGUUGUUUUGGGAGUUGUGUAUAUAAUAAUGAAGUUUUGUAACAAAGUGGAUCAGUGGAAAAUAGUGCCAAUCCCUCAGAGUGUAUGGCUGCAUUUCACUUUCAUUGGUGCUUUGAAGUCAACCCUGUAGCUAGUGUUUGAAGCCCCAGCAGCAUCAGGUUGCUGGGUGAGGGAUGCAGGUACUGGUGUGCAGCUGCCUGGCCUUCACUGCCAGCCAACCCGAGAGCUGCUUUCCCCAGCUGCCACUGUACUGUUGUGUGUCACUGUUGAUUGUGUGGAUGUGUUUUGACUCUCCCUCACUCCCUUACUGAGAAUCUGUUAAGAAAUUUGUAUAUACAUUAUACUCUACUACCAUCAGUCAAAUUUUAAAGCUGCCAAUAGCUCAGGCUUAGACAUUUUUUCACUUCUAUUAUUGUCAAAGUCAUUCUGCAUUUGUUAUAGUGUUCAUAGUAUAAGCUUCUUGAAUUUGGAUUGAUCUACUGUUAGCAUUCCAUAGUUGGCGCUUGGCUUCUGCUUGCUUCCUGGUAGCAGCCAAACUUUAUUGUGUAUCAAGCUUUCAGAAGAAGUGUUGCUUUUCUGAGUAACUGGCAGUGUGCGGUGGACCCCCAGGAGUGAUGUGGGCAGUGAAUGCGCCUGUCCUGCUGAUCCUUUUAUUUAUGGCAUGCACAAACAGCACCUGAUAUGUGUCGCAUCAUGUGUGGCAGCUUUAUCCAUUCCAACUAAUAACAAAUUCCAUCAGAGGAAUAAGUUUCACAUCAGUGAGUAUUUGACAGUGGGCUGUAUGUGGGGUCUUGCCUGGAAAGUAAUUGGAAGGGAACUUUAACAUUACUUCAUCUUUAUAUUGUUUCUUGAAAAGGCGCUGUAUCCCGGUUGAUCGUUCCAAUAGCCAUACUUCAAGACUAAACUGUUUAAAGUUUUCGCUAAACUCUGUAUGUUUUAAUAAAUGUUGCAUCCAUUCAUGUCAUAAUUAGUUGGUAACAAGCUGGCUGUCUUUCUUUCAUAAGUGGUUACCAAAGGUCAGCUGUGAGCCUUGUCUCAUGUAGCUUUACUGCUUGAACAGAAUAUCAUCAUUGUAUCUUAAUUAUAACAACCCUUUAAGCCUUCAGUGGAUAUUGAUUUUAAAAUAUAAUUCCAUGUUAACUACAGUUUUAUACUUGCACUUUUUUGGAUGUAGAGUGUGCAGAAUAUGAUCUGUGCAUGUUGUUAGUGGUGAGUGAGAGGAGGAUGGGUAGUACUUCCCAUUACCCAUUACCCAGGCUAGACCUUGCACAAACUCAUGGCUCAUAAUAUAGUCAGGGUGAAGCUCACUGUCUUCUCCAACAUUAUCAGUGUUUACCCUUUAAAGCAUAUUAUUUUUAUCAUUAUUAUUUUUUCAUGAGGUGUUGAUCAUGGAGAUAUUUAAUGACAACUAAAGACAGUCAUAAGUGAUGCAUUUAUUGUGUGAAGAAGUCUAAGGUCUUCAAUACUAGUUUUUAAGAUGUUAUUGAACCAUCACGUAUGUUUUUAUAUAAAUGAAUAUAUAUAAAUAUAAAUAUAAAUAUAUAGAUCUAUAUAUAUAUAUAUAAAUACUUUACAGCUGUCAUCAACCUUCCACUGUACGAUUAAGCUGUGAAAUUGGAAGACUGUUUCAGCCCUCUGGUGGCUAAUGUCACUAUUGCCUUUUCAGAAAUUCAGCACAUAUUUUACCAUCUUCCUGUUUCUUGGUCACAUAAUUAGCUCAUUGUCCCAAAUUACUUGUUUGUUUUUUGGAGGUAGGCGUGUAUCUGGUGUGUGAACAAUACAAUACUCAUCACCCAGGGCUGCGGGUGGCUGGCUGCAAGUUGGUGCUGUUUUUGUAGUGUGUUGGUGUGUGCUGGCCGGCAGCUAGGCACACCCCACACACCACUCAACUUAACGGUCAUGAACCUCAUCUACUGGAGGUGAGGUGUGUGGAAUUUAGUUAUAUUUUUCUUCAUGACAUAUCAACCUUACAAGAAAUCCUUAUCAAUGAAUGACAAUACAGGAGUUCAAGAUAAAUGUGGAAGAGAAACACAGGCAUCAAAGACAGUCCGUAGCCCAAAGAAUAUUAUUUAAUAUUUGACUUGUGUGUCUCCUCUGGGCUAAAUGAAGAACAAGUGUAGUUAGUGUUGUGGUAUGUCCUACAGUGCUAGGAUGCAAUCACAAGAAUCAUUGUUUUUCUAUUGUUUCAGUAUUGUAUCAAACGUGUGUGCUAAAAGUGUAAAUGGUUAGAUGAUGAUAGUGUUUCUAUGCUAUUAGAUGGUCAGGUGGUUCUCCUAGACUAGGUUAAGAUGUAUAUGAAAAUCAAAUUAUAUGUCACAGUAGAUGUAACUGAACAGAAGUUCAGUAUUGGAGGCUGAUGGUGUUGAAGGAUCUUAAGGUUUUUAGCAUGUUAUUCCUAUUCUGUUUAAAUAUCAGAAGUAAAUUUGCUCAAACAGUAUUACCUUUUGAUAAGUGUUGUGAGUGGAUGGCUUACGUUUGACUCCAGUUUGUACAUGACCUAGAAAACACACUCAACUUGCACCCACAAACUCUCUGUGUUGCUGUACAAAGCUGUAUAAAGUGUUAGCCCUGAAGAAAGGAUUACGAUCUUAUCUACAUAAA